UACUGUACCGUAACCAGCGCCACACAUCGUCCCUGCAUUGCCGGCGCCGCCCCUGCGCCUGACAGGACACGGGGUCGCCUGACGUCACAGAGCAAAGCAGGGGCUCCGCUGUGAUACAGUGCAAAGCAGGGGCUCCGCUGUGACGUCACCGCCCUUUUAUAUACCGGGCCCCGAGCGCGGAGGCCUCACACUCCGCGCAUAACAUCUGGAGAGAGGCGGCUGAAGGUUCCUCCAAAAUGUUCAAAAAACAUCGCCAGCUGCGACCAACAUCGCGCCUGCCACUCCUACCAACAUCGCGCCUGCCACGCCUACCCCGUGUGCAGAAGAUGGUGCAGAGGAUGGCUCAAUGGAUGAGGAAAUUCUGUAACUUUUUUCAUGUCCAGCACGCCCAACGGCACCAUCUAGAGGAGGAACACAGCAGAGACAACAACCAGGACAGCUAUGAGACACUAAUGAAUGUCUGCGCUCGACGAAUGUGCCGAACUAUCCAGAGGGAUGGAUUUGAUGAAGGGUAUCCUCAAAAGUCACGGGAUGAUGGCUACGUAACCCUCAAACAACAAAGCAGAUUAAGAUCUUGCAGCCGGUCCUCAGCGCAGAGAAGUCACCUGAGCAGUACAGAGGCCAGGAUUGUGCAAGAAGAUCUGGAGGCAAACCUGGCCAUAAGCAUUGGAGACAGGAUUGGUGGAAGAUAUGAGAUUGUCAACAUCCUGGGAGAGGGAGCCUGUGGCCAAGUUCUCCACUGCCUGGACCAUUACAGGGGAGGAUCCAGUGUGGCAUUAAAGAUCAGCAAGAUGUGGGAGAACAUGGAGGAAGCUGCUUUUAUGGAGAUAAGGAUGCUGAAUAAAAUCAGUGGAUUAGAGCAUGAGUAUAAGCAUUUGUGUACACAUAUGCUAAAUUGGCUGUAUUAUCAAGGGCGGGUUUGCAUUGAAUUUGAACUUCUGGGACUCAGCACAUACGACUUCCAGAAAAAGAACAACUUUCUGCCAUAUCCAAUUAACCAGCUACGACAUAUGUCCGAGCAGCUGUUCCAGGCGGUGAAAUUUCUUCAUGACAACCGUAUAACUCACACGGAUCUGAAGCCGGACAAUAUCCUCUUUGUCAACUCGGAAUUUGAGGAGAUUUACAACAAGGAAAAGAGUUGUGUUGAGCGAUGCAUUAAGAAUACCGAUAUUCGGUUGGCUGACUUUGGGUGUGCGUUGCUAUAUCUUGACCACCACGAUGACACGAUUGCCGCCCGAGACUACCGAGCCCCAGAGGUCAUCUUGGGCCUUGACUGGAGCUAUUCUGUUGACAUAUGGAGUAUCGGAUGUACCCUGUUUGAGUUCUACACAGGAGACACACUCUUCCUGACAACUGUAGAUAGUGACAUUGAGCAUCUGGCUGUAAUGGAGCAAAUUCUGGGCCCAAUACCUUCAUCCAUGAUUCAUAACACGAGCAAACAGAAUUACUUCCAGUCUGGCCGCGUAGAUUGCGAUGUCUUCACAAGACUCCAUGUGCAGGGAAUCCGUAAGCCUUUGAAGCAAUACAUGGUCCGUGACAGUGAGGAAGAAAAGAAACUUUUCAAUCUGAUGGAAGGCUGUCUGCAGUAUGAACCGUCAAAGCGCCUCACAGCUGCGGAGUGUCUCCGUCACCCCUUCUUCAAGUAACACCAAUGAAGGGGUGACACUUAGUUUAACAUCUUAUUGUAUAGCAAUAAAUAGGAACAUCCAGUAGGGAAUCCAAUACCACCUUAGGGGAUAAACUUAGCAGUUUUAGUAUUAAAGAUCCAUAAAGCACCGUACAUGCAUUAGGUGUAACAAUGAUGAUCAUUUCCUUCAGCCACUAAUUGUUCUAUCCAGGCUCACUACUACAAGGUAAGCAGAGGUUCCAAUGCAGCUCAAUACAUCUGGAAUGUUUGGUAAAUGUGCACAUCUAGCCACUGGCUGAUUUACCAAGCUGCUUUUGGAACCUCUGCUUACCUUGUAGUAGUGAGAGCGAAGUUCUUCCAGGCACUACUCAUUGUUAUAUCCAGUCUCAUUACUA